UCCCAGCGAGCUCACGUAGGAAGAAUGGCGGCGGUGCAGGUCGCUUCCUCGCUUCCUUGUGGGCAGUCGCGAGAGGCCGGGCGGGAGCUGUCGCCCGAGCGGGACGAUGGGUUCCGCCGCUUGUCUGCCAGGCUCCGCGCGCUGCAGCCGGAUGACAGCACCGUGUCCCGCAUGGAGAUCCACCUGCUCUUCGACCAGCUCAUCUCCGAGAACUACGGCGAGGGAGGCGGCGUGGCCCCCGAGGAUGUCAGUGCUCUUCUUGUGCGGGCUUGUCAGUUGGUGCCUCUUAAUCAGAAUCACCUUGUCAGCAAAGUGUCUCAGCUGAUCCAUCUUCUACUUAACAGAUUACAGGUGGUUGUGGAUGAGCAGAACUUGGAUUUCCUGUUGACCUAUACGAUCUCAGCUAUUCAGCAGUGUAGCUCUUGGACACACAUGGAAAUUCUUCAAGCCCUGGCAGCUCUGGUUUACUGCAAUGGUUCAAAAUGUCAAAAGUAUCUCCCAGACUUGCUAGGCAAGAGCGGCCUCUUGAUGAAGCUGAGUGACUCAACUCACUCUGAUCCUGAAGUCCGGAGAGCUGCAGUGCAUUGUAUGGCAAAUUUAUGUCUCAGUGUGCCAGGACAGCCAUACUUGGAGGAGUCCUACCAGAACGUCUGUUUCCAAGCUUUCUUGACCAUUUUACAGUCUCCAAAAUCAUCUGAUAUGGAUGAUAUAACAUUUUGCAUGUUGUUACAGAAUGCACUGAAAGGCAUCCAGUCACUUCUUAACGGUGGGAAGAUGAAGAUGACACAGACUGAGCACCUGGGAGCGCUCCUCGCUGUGCUAAAGAAAGCCAUGUUUCACGGACUCCCAGGAUUAAACAUAGAGAUGCCCGCGGUGCUGUACCCAACUCCGCUCCCUCAGUAUGAUGGGCGAUCGCCUAUUAGACCACAGCAACCGGAACCCAGUGCUGCUCGACUGUCUGUGAACAAAAAGAAAAAACACAAAGUAAAACCAAAGAAAACCCAGCAAGGGGAGAAAGAGGAGGAGGAGGAAGAAUCCAGUGGUGAAGUGGAAGCGGCCCCAGGCCUCAGCACGGCCAGGGUAAACACGUGUGGCGAGAAUGCUUGGUGCUCCUCCCCCCGGGGCUCCCAGAGUUUGCCUGUGGAUGGGGGCAGAGCUGCAGGAAGAGAGCAGGUCUCCUGGCCCUUCACCUCCUCCAGCUGGAAAAGAGUCAGCAGCAGUGAGUCAGACUAUUCCGAUUCAGAAGGAGGCAUGCAGGGUAAAAUGAGGUCAUACCAAGCCAAGGUUCGCCAAGGGGCAUUAGCUUGCUUUCUUUCCACUGUCAAAUCGAUAGAAAAAAGAGUUCUCUAUGGCUACUGGUCGGCCUUUGUUCCUGACACACCUGAGCUUGGAAGCCCCCAGUCUCUGUCCUUAAUGACACUCACAUUAAAGGACCCAUCUCCAAAGACACGUGCCUGUGCCUUGCAAGUUUUGUCUGCCAUCUUGGAAGGCUCAAAGCAGUUUCUUUCUGUCGCUGAAGACACCACUGAUCACAAAAUGGCUUUCACCCCCUUCUCUGUAACGAUUGCGUCCAGCAUUCGAGAGCUGCACAGAUGUCUUCUGUUAGCUCUGGUGGCGGAGUCCUCGUCCCAGACCCUCACUCAGAUAAUUAAGUGCCUUGCAAACCUAGUAUCCAACGCCCCCUAUAACCGCCUGAAACUCAGCUUGCUGACCAAAGUCUGGAACCACAUAAAGCCUUACAUCCGCCACAAAGAUGUUAACGUUCGAGUGUCGAGUCUCACACUCUUAGGAGCUAUAGUGUCCACUCACGCGCCUUUGCCGGAAGUCCAGCUGCUCCUGCAGCAGCCCUGCUCCUCUGGGCUCAGCAGCAGCAAUUCAGCAACUCCUCACCUCAGCACUCCUGACUGCUGGAAGAAAGCCCCUGCAGGACCCUCUCUGGAGGAAGCGUCAUCGGUCAGCUCGCCCAAGGCAUCUUCGGAGCCCUGCUGGCUCAUCCGACUUUGCAUCUCCACCGUGGUGCUGCCCAAGGAGGAUUCCUGCUCGGGUAGCGAUGCCGGCUCUGCCCCGGGAAGUACCUAUGAACCGUCCCCCAUGCGGCUGGAGGCUCUGCAGGUUUUGGCUCACCUGGCAAGGGGCUAUUUUUCAAUGGCUCAGCUGUACCUGAUGGAGCUUGGCGAGGUGAUCUGCAAGUGCAUGGGCGAAGCAAACCCAUCCAUUCAGCUCCAUGGCGUGAAGCUUCUGGAAGAACUGAGUACAGGCUUGAUACAGCAGUACAAGCCAGAUUCCAACGUGGCUCCCGAGCAGAGAGUACCAGUCCACAUGGUGGUGAAGUUCUGGACUGCAAUGUUGAAUGGUCCUUUGCCCCGAGCCUUGCAGAAUUCAGAGCACCCAACUCUCCAGGCGAGCGCCUGUGACGCCCUGUCCUCCAUCUUGCCAGAGGCUUUCAGCAGUCUGCCGAAUGACAAGCAGAUUUUGUGCAUUACAAUGUUGCUCGGCCUGAAUGACAGCAAGAACCAUUUAGUGAAAGCUGCGACCUCCAGGGCCCUUGGCGUCUAUGUGCUCUUCCCCUGUCUCAGGCAGGACGUCAUAUUUGUCGCAGACACAGCGAAUGCUGUAUUGAUGUCACUUCGAGAUAAGUCACUAAACGUGCGCGCCAAAGCAGCCUGGUCCCUGGGCAACCUGACGGACACUCUAAUCGUCAACAUGGACUCACCAGACCCAAGUUUUCAGGAUGAGUUCUCUGGGCUCCUGCUCUUGAAAAUGUUGCAGUCUGCGAUACAAGCCUCCACGGACAAAGACAAGGUCAAAAGCAAUGCAGUCCGGGCCCUUGGGAAUUUGCUUCACUUUCUACAGCCCUCUCACAUAGAGAGACCCGGGUUUGCUGAAAUCAUCGAGGAAUCUAUCCAGACUCUGAUUUCUACUGUUGUAAAUGAGGCUGCCAUGAAAGUCCGGUGGAAUGCUUGCUACGCAAUGGGGAAUGUUUUUAAAAACCCUGCUCUUCCACUUGGGUCAGCCCCAUGGACCUCCCAAGCCUACAAGGCCCUGACAUCGGUUGUGAUGUCUUGCAAGAACUUCAAAGUGCGCAUCAGAUCUGCCGCAGCCCUUUCCAUCCCAAGCCAGAGAGCACAGUACGGGUCUCUAGAACAGUUCGCUCAGAUCUGGAAUGCAUUGGUCACUGCCUUGCAGAAGAGUGAGGACACCACAGACUUCCUGGAGUUCAAGUACUGUGCCAGCCUACGGACCCACAUCUGCCAGGCACUGGUUCACCUCUUGAGCCUCGCCAGUGCCUCUGACCUCCCCUGCAUUCUGGAAACUCUUGAGCUGAAUGGGGAGAUGAUCCGGUCCUACAUCCUACAGUUCCUAAAAUCAGGAGCAGAGGGAGAUGAUCCCGGAGCAGUCCACACCCCACAGGAAAGAGACCAGAUGGUCAGAGUGGCCCUGAAGUACAUACGCAGAGUGCAGGCUCUGCCCGGAGACACAGCCAAGAGGGUCAUUGUCGCCUUCUUAGAGGACAUCCUGGCUGUUCACUGUGACUCCUCAGGAGGACAAGUGGCACUCCAGAUCAGUGACCUUCACAUGUAAUAAAUGGGAGUCAGAGACCAAGCUUGUGCAUUUGAUACAUGGAGUUUAAUUCUAGGGCAGGAACAUCCGUCAGCGUUUAUUUAGAAUGGAUUAGUGGCUAUUUAACUUUUUCUCAAAGGGCUCAGUCACUUUGGGGCAUGGUUCCAUUACUGGCCAUUCUAACCUAGACAACCAAGAUAUGAGGAGUCAAGGGUAUAUAUAGUGUGGGCCCAGACAAUUGGAGGUUGCUGUGGAAUACUCAUUCUGUACACUGUGAAUAUAUAUUACUCUCAUUGGUUAAUAACUGACUGGCCAGUAGCCAGGCAGGAGGUAUAGGCAGGACAGCCAAACUGAGAAUGCUGGGAGGAAGAAGGGUAGAGUCAGUGGAGUCGCCCAGAGACACAGAGGGAGCAAGAUGUGCUGGAGGACAGGUAAAGCCACAAGCUACAUGGCAGUACAUAGAUUAAUAGGGUUAAUUUAAAUUGUAAGAGGUAGUUAGUAAUAAGCCUGAUCUAUUGGCCGAGCAUUUGUAAUUAAUCUAAGCCUCAGUGUGUUUAUUUGGGAGCUGCUGACAGGAUAGAAACUUCCGCCUAGAGAAGGUCUUGAAGUGUUUAGUCUCAGAAAGAAAGAUGUGUAGAAACUAGAAUCAUAUUAGAAUUGUGUUUUCAAAACUGGUUUUAAUAAUAAACUGAUUCAAAACAAAACCAAAAGAAAGGUAGCAGCAAGUGGAAGAGGUUCCUGUGCGGUGUGCUGGCAGCUGCAGCAGCUGCAGAGCUCCUCCACGAGUGCCCCUUGAUGAGUGUGCAGCUGCCCACCCGGCAUCGGCAUGCAUCCAAGGCCCUUCCACCUCCCCGUGGUCCAGGAGCCUGGCCCUCAGUACCAACUUCUGUCUGAAUUCACAGCUGACCUUGGGAAUAACAUGGUCCUAUACACUAAAUAUGGCUGUUUGACCUUUUAAUUUGUAUCUUUAAAAAAGGUUAUUUGUGUAAUUUAGAUGUUUUCAAGGAUUUUUUAAAUUAUAUUUAUUAAUAUGAAGUAUCUGUUAAUUUCUUGCUGAAUAAUUGUUUACAUUUAGAUUUUGCACUUGUCUCUUGACCACCAACAAUUUAGUAAAAUUAUUUCCAUCAGAAAUGUAGGGUUAGCCGGGCGGCGGUGGUGCAUGCCUUUAGUCCCAGCACUCAGGAGGUAGGACAAUCUCUGUGAGUUCGAGACCAGCCUGGUCUACAGAGCGAGAUCCAGGAUAGGAACCAAAAGUAUACGUUGAAACCCUGGUCUUGAAAAAAAAAAAAAAGAAAGAAAGAAAGAAAUGUAGGGUUAUAGCCCAGUAGUGGUGGCGCACGCCUUUAACCCCAGCACUCGGGAGGCAGAGGUAGGCAGAUCUCUGAGUUCAAGGCAGCCUGGUUUACAGAGUGAGUUCCAGGACAGCCAGGGCUGUUACACAGAGAAACUCCAUCUCAAAAAAAAAAAGAAAGAAAAGAAAAAAGAAAUGUAGGGUUAUAUAAAAACAAACCACACAUAUAUUUGAUGUGGGAUACAUUAAAAAAUGUAGAGAUUUAGUUCUGGUGAUAUUUGUUUAAUUAUUGAGACUUAAGCUAGGCGUGGUUGCACAUUUCUUUAAUCCCAGCACUGUGGAGGCUGAGGUAGAAGAAUGGUGAGCUUGAGGCCAGCCUGGGCUAUGUGUAGCAAGACUAUCUCAGAGAACUGAAGUGAUGCUAGAUGUGGUGGUCCACACCUUAAAUCCCUGCACUUGAGGAUGCUAAGGCAGGAGGGCCUGUCUCAACAAAUAAACAAACAAAGAACUAGAAUUUGAAUCCCUAGUAACCACCAGAAAGCCAGGUGGGCACGAUGUUAGCAGAGACAGGAUCCCCCAAGCAAGCUCUGGGUUCAUUUGAGAGAUCCUGCCUGGGUGAAUAUGGCGGAGACCAAUUGAGGAAGAGUCCUGACUCCACCUCAGGUGCUCACACAUGCGCGCGCACACACACACAAGAAAUAAGACAAAUACAUAGCUUAAAAUACAUACUUGAGGGCAUGCUUUUUUCCCCUCUCGUCUAUCCCAGUGGCACAUCAACUGUUGUGUAGACAGUGGUUGGGGACCAUAGCACUCACACGGACUAGAGUCUUCAUGUUCCAUUGGUAGAGGGCUAGCCGCUCCAAAGGGGCCACCUUCGCGUGAGGUUCCCACAUAGACCCCUCUGUGAACUUGCAUCCCCGCAGAGGUGAUUCUGAAAUGGAUGGCCGCAGGGGGCUCCAGGGGUCGAGCUGAACCUGCCCUGGCCCUGCAUGACUCUUUCACAUCCUUGGGAUUUCCUUCUCCUCCAUGCAGUCUCAGCAACGGCUUCUUCAACACGUUUUCAUAAGAGUGAGAAUUUGACGUAUCCUCUGGGCUUUGAGAUUUUGCCCCUGUGUUUCUUGGUGAAAAUAUUUGUGAAACAGGAUCUGAUGGGUUCGUUUAAUGAUCUGCUCCUGUCCUUGGCUUACCUUGAAUAAAAUUUCACAUUUCUUUGUAA